UCUACUUAUUUGCCUUUGUCUUCUCCACUAGAAUAUACUGCUAUAAGAAUGGUGGAGAUGAUCCGGUGUCAUUUCAUUUGUUGAUUAUGUACUAUCUCUGUCUUUCAGGUUCUUUUUCUAAUUCUGACUAAACUUCCAAGAGGACUAUGAAAGAUUAUGAUGAACUUCUCAAAUAUUAUGAAUUACAUGAAACUAUUGGUACAGGUGGCUUUGCAAAGGUCAAACUUGCCUGCCAUAUCCUUACUGGAGAAAUGGUAGCUAUAAAAAUCAUGGAUAAAAACACACUAGGGAGUGAUUUGCCCCGAAUCAAAACGGAGAUUGAUGCCUUGAAGAACCUGAGACAUCAGCAUAUAUGUCAACUCUACCAUGUGCUAGAGACAGCCAACAAAAUAUUUAUGGUUCUUGAGUACUGCCCUGGAGGAGAGCUGUUUGACUACAUAAUUUCCCAGGAUCGCCUGUCAGAAGAGGAGACCAGGGUUGUCUUCCGUCAGAUAGUAUCUGCCGUCGCUUAUGUGCACAGCCAGGGUUAUGCUCAUAGGGACCUCAAACCAGAAAAUUUGCUCUUUGAUGAAUAUCAUAAAUUGAAGCUGAUUGACUUUGGUCUCUGUGCAAAGCCCAAGGGUAACAAGGAUUAUCAUCUACAGACAUGCUGUGGGAGUCUGGCUUAUGCAGCACCUGAAUUAAUACAAGGCAAAUCAUAUCUUGGAUCAGAGGCAGAUGUUUGGAGCAUGGGCAUACUCUUGUAUGUUCUUAUGUGUGGAUUUCUACCAUUUGAUGAUGAUAAUAUAAUGGCUUUAUACAAGAAGAUUAUGAGAGGAAAAUACAGUGUUCCCAAGUGGCUCUCUCCCAGUAGUAUUCUGCUGCUUCAACAAAUGCUGCAGGUGGACCCAAAGAAACGGAUUUCUAUGAAAAAUCUAUUGAACCAUCCCUGGAUCAUGCAAGAUUACAACUAUCCUGUUGAGUGGCAAAGCAAGAAUCCUUUUAUUCACCUUGAUGAUGAUUGCGUAACAGAACUUUCUGUACAUCACAGAAACAACAGGCAAACAAUGGAGGAUUUAAUUUCACUGUGGCAAUAUGAUCACCUCACAGCUACCUAUCUUCUGCUUCUAGCCAAGAAGGCUCGGGGAAAACCAGUUCGUUUAAGGCUUCCUCCUUUUUCCUGUGGACAAGCCAGUGCUACCCCAUUUGCAGACAUCAAGUCAAAGAAUUGGAGCCUGGAAGAUGUGAACACAAGUGAUGGAAAUGAUGUGGCUGGAUUAACAGACUAUGAUAGGUGUGAAGAUAAUUUAUCAACAGGUGUUGCUACUCCCCAAACAUCACAGUUUACCAAGUAUUGGACGGACUCAAAUGGUGUGGAAUCUAAAUCAUUAACUCCAGUCUUAUGCAGACCAUCUGCAAAUAAACUAAAGAACAAAGAAAAUGUAUAUACUCCUAAGUCCGCCCUAAAGAAUGAAGAGUACAUUAUGUUUCCUGAGCCAAAGACUCCAGUUAAUAAGAACCAGCAUAAGAGAGAAAUACUUACUACGCCAAAUCGUUACACUACACCCUCAAAAGCUAGAGACCAGUGCCUGAAAGAAACUCCAAUUAAAACGCCAGUAAAUUCAGCAGGAACAGACAAAUUAAUGGCAGGUGUCAUUAGCCCUGAGAGGCGGUGCCGUUCAGUGGAACUGGAUCUCAACCAAGCACAUAUGGAAGAGACUCCAAAAAGAAAGGGAACCAAAGUGUUUGGGAGCCUUGAAAGGGGGUUGGAUAAGGUUAUCACUGUGCUCACCAGGAGCAAAAGGAAGGGCUGUGUCAGAGACGGGCCCAGAAGACUAAAGCUUCACUAUAAUGUGACUACAACCAGAUUAGUGAAUCCAGAUCAACUCUUGAAUGAGAUAAUGUCUAUUCUUCCAAAGAAGCAUGUUGACUUUGUACAAAAGGGCUAUACACUGAAGUGUCAAACACAGUCAGAUUUUGGCAAAGUGACGAUGCAGUUUGAACUAGAAGUAUGCCAGCUUCAAAAACCUGAUGUGGUGGGCAUCAGGAGGCAGCGGCUUAAGGGCGAUGCCUGGGUUUACAAGAGAUUAGUGGAAGACAUCCUAUCUAGCUGCAAAGUAUAACUGAUGGAUGCCUCCAUCCUGCCGGAUGAGUGUGGGUGUGACACAGUCUACAUAAAGACUGUUAUGAUCUCUUUGAUUUUAAAGUUCGUUGGAACUACCAACUUGUUUCUAAAAGAGCUAUCUUAAGACCAGUAUCUUUUUGUUUUUAGACAAAAGAUAUUAUUUGUGGAUGAAUCUAAGGCAAGUCCAUCUGUCAUUAUCUGUUACUGUCUUUUUUAAUCAUGUGGUUUUAUAUAUUAAUAACUGUUGACUUUCCUAGGUUCACUUUCAUAUGUGAAUGUAAGCUCUUAACUAUGUCUCUUUUUAAUGUAUAAUUUCUUUCUGAAAUAAAACCAUUUGUGAAUUUA